AUGGGGGACAUUUCCUCCUCUCCCCUGCACCUGAGCCUCUUCCUAUGUCCAAGCCUCUCCCAAAAGACUCGCCCCCAAAUGACCCUCCCACCUGCUAUCUCCAGAGUCCACGCAGUCGACAACCAAGCCGCCGUCUGGUGUGCAGGCAAAGCCUUCAUCAAAGCACAUCACAUGGAGUAUCCCGACGUGACCAGAGAUGUUACUCUGCAAUUUCUCAGAGACCAAAAAGCUGUAUUGUAUCAUUUCGAGAAUGGUUCGAUAUACUUCCUCGUCGUCUCAAGGGUUCCGGGUCAAACUCUUGAUGAAGCUUGGCCUAGCAUGGACGAGACUCUUCGCGAGUAUUGUAUCGGCAAGAUAGCCCAUGUUUGUGAAUGCUUGGUAGCGUGGAAGGGCGAUAGUAUCGCUGGUGUGGAUGGGAAUCAGUUGUUAGAGCCGUAUCUCAUCAAGCCCAGUAACAGUGACAGUAACGAUGACAAGAGGGCAUUUGCAGAUGUGCUUUCUCCAAAACAGCUUCUGAAGAAUUGUACCGAGAUGUCCAUGGAUGUAUCUACAUUUGUCUUUUAUCAUUGUGAUCUUGGACCGACGAAUAUUCUUGUUGAUGUCUCUACGGGCUCGCUGGGUAUUAUUGAUUGGGAGAUUGCGGGGUAUGUUCCUGUUGAAUGGGUGCGGACGAAAUUUCGACUUUCGUCGGGUAUGUAUUUUUGGGCUUGCACGUUGGGGAUGAGGAUUCUAGGAGGGAUUGGAGGCGUGCAGUUUCGACAUAUCUUGGGAUGA